CAGAUGACAUCGGUUACUUAUCGCUAUUGCAUAGCUUGAGGAGUGGAAUAUGCUCUUGAACCUUAUUAAGAUCGGGCGGGAUUUUUUUGGGGUCGUGAUGGGGUUGGAUUACUAUGAUAUUCUGAAAGUUGACAAGAAUGCGACCGAUAACGAUCUCAAGAAAAGUUACAGGAAACUGGCGAUGAAAUGGCAUCCGGACAAGAAUCGCUUGAACAAGAAGGAAGCCGAGGCUAAGUUUAAGCAGAUCUCCGAAGCUUAUGAGGUCUUGAGUGAUCCAAAAAAACGAGCGGUCUAUGACCAGCAUGGGGAAGAAGGUUUGAAGGGCAUGCCCCCUCCUGGUACUACUAGAGGUAGUGGUGCAAAUGGCUCUGCAGGUUCCUUCUUCAAUCCACGGAAUGCCGAAGAUAUCUACGGGGGCGGGGCAUUUGAUUUCAGCUCGAUGAACCGUGCAAAGUCUACUAGGUUUCAGUCCGCGGGUGCUGGGGGAUUCUAUGGUGGGGUCACAGGAACUGAGAAUGUUUUCCGUUCUUACAGCGAAGGUGUGGGAGGGGGUGGUGCAAGCCAACUGAAGAAAGCUCCUGCUGUUGAGACCAAGUUGGCUUGCAGCCUUGAGGAGCUUUAUAUUGGUUCGAAGAGAAAAAUGAAGAUCUCAAGAAAUGUCAUUAAAGAAAAUGGCCAAACAGUUCCCGAGUCAGAAAUCCAAACAAUUGAGGUAAAACCUGGGUGGAAAAAGGGGACCAAAAUCACCUUCGCCGGCAAAGGCAACGAGCAGGCGAACUCCGCCCCCGCAGACCUCGUCUUUAUAGUCGACGAGAAACCUCAUGAGGUCUACCAAAGGGAAGGAAAUGAUCUUAUUGUUCAUCAGCAAGUUUCAUUAUUAGAAUCUCUAACAGGAACUACAGUAAAGCUGACUUCUCUUGAUGGAAGGGAUUUAACCAUCCCAGUUACUGAUAUCAUAAUCCCUGGUUAUGAGCUUAUCAUAGCUAAAGAAGGAAUGCCUGUAGCCAAGGAUCCUGGAAGGAAGGGGAAUUUAAAAAUCAUAUUUGAUGUGAAGUUCCCAACAAGGCUUUCAGCUGAUCAAAGAUCUGCUCUCAAGCGAAUUCUGGCAGGUCAAGUUGUCUAAUUUUUAUUUCUGAAUUGUUUUUCUUUCUUUAGGAUUUGUUUGGGAUCAU